ACUAAAACCACUUUUCCUACCUCUGCUUGCUACCGAAAAAGCCAACUCUUACGCUAAAAUAAAAGUUAUUCCCACACUGAAACUUGAACUACGAUGCUUUGAUCGUUUCCGCUUACUACUCUUUACCUCGUCCUUUCUCGUGCUGAUGUUGUUGCUCAACCAAAAAAUUUCACUACUGUUGUCGAAGUUAAAGUUUCAAAUUUAAGGUCUACAAGUCGCAAAGUCUAUAGUUGAAUUUCGAUCCUUAAGCUUGCUUUCGUUGUGGAAAGUUUUCGAAUGAGGUGCAAGUUUUCUGGACUUACACUGUUUUCCAAAGUCGUUCUGAUUACGAGUUUUUCUGAAAGUUAAGUGCAGGAAGUUGCAGCACUAUUGGUUUUGGUUCGAGUAAAAACAAAGUAGCCCUUUCUGUAAUUUUUCAACUUUUCAAAGUCACGGCACUACAACGGGGCUACGGCACACACUGCACUGGGCUGCUCAGUGGACAUUUCCUCUCUCGCAGGCUGCCGGAUUUUUCCCCCACCGACGGCCCCGCUGCAGCGCGCCUUGCUUCGCCGCCGCUCCGGCCCAUGGAUGUGCCACCGUUCGUCCCUAGUUAUCGCUAUCGGCCAGCAUGCGCAGGUUCGUAACUGGGGUAGCGGGGGGCGCAACAGCUCUGGGCCCACAUACCUGUGGGUUGUGUGUGGGCGGAAGCAGGACAGGCCGCGACAGAAUUCCAUGCAAGCAGAAGCACACUACCACCAGUACUAUCAUCUGCAUCAUCGUCAGCAUGUAGUCGCCGGAACGUUCAACAGUACAGAGUACCUGGUGGGUGCACCUCUCCCCGCCUCGAGGGGAAAGAUGCAGCCCGUUCCCGCGUUCGUUGCCUGCGCGGGUGUUCUGCAUUGCUGGUAGGUUGCGCUCCUCCGGCGGCCGUUACACGAGGAGGGAUGUGUGCAGCUGGCAAGGGUGCUAGUGUCAUGUCUCGGUCUUGGGCAUGCUGAGCAGGGCGAACACGAGGUAGCGGUCGUGGGACAGGGAACCUGCGAUGUGACAGCAGGGACGAGACAGGUGCGGCGCACACAGUAGCUCUUCCAAAUCAAAACAAUCUGCUUCACGAAUUUUCGAUGGCCAGGAAGACGGGCGGAACGCAUAACAGAGUACCUGAAGGGUGCGCCCCCUUCGAUGUCUCCCUGAAGGAGGGCGCAGCCCAGUCUCGACGUUUCGCGUUGUGUGCAGGCGGUGGCUACAUCUUCUACCCCGGCCUUGAGAUAGGUAAACAUCACCGCACUGGCAGUCGGCUUCCGCUCCUGCUAGUCGGAUCACAGAGUUUGUCUGGAUGGGUAUUGUCGGCUCGGGUUCAGCGUGUGCUCGUGGUCGAUUUGGUUUCCUUUCUCCCCUCCCGCUUGGAGGGUUGUCUGUGUUUUGGCUUUGUGUGUUACGCUCCUGCGCCGUCUGUCCGGCACCGGCUUCCGGUCCAGCAUAGGUGGCGCACCGCCGGGAACGGCCCCACCAGGGGGGUGAGGAGUUCGUUGGCUUGGGCCAGCGCGCUGGCUACUUCGCGUGGCUUCUUUUUGCACUCCUCUAGGCCCCCGACUCCCGACGCUUCGAAGAAUGGACGGGUCUCCGGGCAGGAUUGGACCAAAUGCGCGGUCGUUGCGCAUUGUACCCCACACAGGGCACAUGGCAUGUCCUCCCCCGACGGUUCCGCGGCCAACAAGCCGAAGCGGAGGGCGUAGUACAGUGCUUGGCUGGUUUUGUCGGUGCUGUCUGCUACCAAGUCUCGUCCCCACCCUCCCGUGGUUGCGAGGGUGGUCGCGGUCUUGCUGUGGGUUUCUGCUUGGUGCUGCCUGUCCUCCAGGUCCUGUCGCAGUGCGUUCCUCACUACUCUCUUGGCCUCGGUUUUGAAUUGGCGGCGCGUGACUGGCUCGCCUUCUUCUUGCAGGUCCGGCUCGUUGGCGAACCCUGCGAGGUGGUCGGCCACCACGUUUCCCGCAAUUCCUGCGUGGCCUGGCACGUAUCGGACUACCAACUUCCUGCAGGACGCGGGCGCAUCGCGUGCCGCGGUGUAGAGUUCCGUGUCCAGGUCAUCCCGCAGCCGCGGAUUGAGCAGUGCGCGCGCGUUGGAUUGGCUGUCGGUGCAGAUGGUGGCGCACUCUGUUCGCAGUGCUUUGGUUGCCACCCCCCGGAGGGCUGCGAUCAACGCCAUUCGCUCGGUCUCAAGCGAGUCCGUGCGCACUCCUACUGGCCAGGCCGCCCCGCCCUGGAUGCCAAAGCCAUGGACGAAGACUCCUGCCGCCCCUUGGAACUCUCGCACUGAGCCGUCGCAGUAGAACACCAGGCCCGAGGACUGUAGCGUGUCCACCAGCGAUGGCACUCCCUCGCUCUGCCAGACGGCGCGAAACCGACCUUGUUCCUCCGCCUCGUGGAGGAGGCUGGCCCCCACGCCCGGCAGGGCUCCGGUUUCGGGUAGGACUGUGGCCUUCGCUGCGUUUGACGCCUCCACGACCCCUAGGGCUGCCGUUAGCCAGUCCGCCUCGGUGUUUUCCGCGGUUUGUCUGAGCCCGUCCGCCUUGGGUCGGGCGAACGCUCUCGCCGUUAGUGCUACGGCCUCGACUUUGUACAGUGCUUCUAGCGGCAAAAGCCCGGCGGUCAUCAGCGCGCAGCUGCGGUUGACCCGCCGGAACUUGGGAAGCCCGAGGAUCGCCGUCGCCCCCUCUAGUUGAUUGCACGCUGUUGAGCGCUGCCUUCUCCUUCGCGCCGAGGCCAUGCCAAUACGUCGGCAAGCCAUAGGCCAGCACACUUUCCACGAAAAGCUGGCAGAACAUCCUCACGGACUUGGUUCCUGCGUGCAUGGAUCUGCUGAGGAUCCGCACGGCAGCCAUUCGCUUGGUGGUUGUUUCGCUGAUCACCUGGUAGUGCUUGCUGAAGGUAAGCCGCCGGCCGAACCACACUCCCAGGAACCUGGGGCAGGCCUCGUAGGCCAGUGGUUCGCCGGAGCCUGUGAGGCGCAACUCGUCGAGUUCGCGCGCAAACUCCGUCUGGAAGACCGUAUGCGCGCACUUCCCGGGGGAGAGCUCCACAUUGCUCGCCUUGCAGAAGUCUGAGACGAUGUCCAGCGCGUACUGGAGCUGUGCCUGUGCUUCGCUCUUCGUGUUCUCUUCGUACUCGCAGGUCAGCGCGAGGUCGUCCACGUACGCCAGCGCCUGCACCUUCGGGCACCGCUCUGCCAGUUCCUGGAGUAGCAUGUCUACAAAACUACACCAGACGAACGGCCCCAGGCACGUGCCCUGGGGCUCCCCUUGCCGGAGUGGCACCGCUUGCGACACUUCUUCGUUGAACCGCACGACCCUCGAACGCCCGGUGACAAAGGAGCGGACCCACCGCGUGAGCAGCAGAGACUCCUGUUUUCUCGCUGCGUUUUUGAACUCGGCGCUCCUGCGUAGCAGCCCAUUGAGGAGCAGCGGGAUCGGCACCCUUUCGAGUGCAGAGCUCAGGUCCAGGAAGCACGCUGCGCGCCUCUUGCCCUUCCGCAGCGAGUCCGCGGCCGCCGCCGCUGGCGUCGCCGUGUGGUCGGUCGCGCUCCUCCCCGGGGUGUCCCCAUACUGGUUUCGUGCGUACAGGGAUAGGCCCUCGGCCUGGGACACUGCUCGCAGCCUCCGGAGCGCCGCGCGCUCCCACACUUUUGCUAGGCAGGGCGUUAGUGCUACCGGCCUUAGCGACUUGGGUAAGUCCCCGGGGCGGCCGGGUUUUGGCACCGGCACGCAAACUUCCAGGCGCAACGCUUCGGGCGUGACGCCUUCCGUGAUGCCCUGUGAAAACGUGUCCCGUAAGAGCUUCUUCCCGUCCUGUGUGAAGUUCUUCAACAUCGCGCCCAGGAUGUCGUCCGGCCCCGCCCCCCCCCUUUGGUUUUUGUCCCCGUAGAGCGAACUCUACGUCGUCUAGGUCCAGCCGCAUCGCCUUGCCCGGUGAGAGCUCUGCCGCGAGGGUGCUGCUGUACGUUGCCCACGCCCCUUGCUCUGAUGCUGGGUCGAGAGCUGGGUGAGAGCCGUAGAAGUGCGCGAGUACACACGCGAGCUUCUUAAACGCGUAGCCCCCCGCGUAGCGCAGCGCGCCGGUGUGCUGUUUCGGUGGGGGCCGCCCCUCCAGCUCGCGCAAGAGCUUGAAGGCGCCGCCUGUACUCUGUUCCUUCUGCUUCCGCGAGUUUGUCCGCGGAGCGCUCGUCCUGCCGGCUGUACUCCGCCUGCGCGACCCUCUUUGUGGCUUGCCGUAGCGCGGUGCGCCACAGCAGCUUCUGUCCCGGCGGGCAGAGUGCUAGCCUGCGCAUGCACUCACCUCGCUCUCUCAAGGCGAGGUCUAGCUCCGUGCCGACGCCGGGCGCCGACCCCCUUGGGCGCUUGUGUCUUUUCCGCGCGAUGUUUGUGCGCGGAAUGCUUCUGCGUGUUGCUUCGAAGAUCGCGGUCCUCAAGUACUCCGCCUUCCCCUCGACGGUUGCUUGCUGGGGGUGCGUUUUGUGCUAGGAAGCGCCCGAGGUCUUCCCGGUAUAACGUGCAGUCCGCCCGCUUCAGGUUCAGUCGUGUGUGCCUUUGCGUGACCGGUGCGGGGUCGCGCCACAGCGCGGGGUCCCAGGGUAGUCGCGUCGGGUCUUCCGGUAGGGGCGCCCCCUCUUGUGCGGCGCCGGUGCUGUUCGCCUCUCGCGCGACCUCCGCCUUCGUCCCCUUCUCUGUGCUGGUGCUCUCCACGGCCCCCGGAAGGCCUGUGUCCUGUGUUGCUGUUGCGCACAGUGCCGCUACUGCGCCGGACGCUAGACACAGCACCGCCCCUAGGCCGGGUAGCGAGCGGAGUCGGUCUUGCUUUGCUGGCGGCGUCGUUGUCCCCUCGGCGGCGGCGCGUGCUUGCCUGUGUUUGGCCGCGCGCAGCUCCCGGAUCCGCUGGAGCUUUUCUUUUCGCAGCGCCCUUUUCUGACUGCCUGUCAGCUUCACCCCGCCUUCGGGGGUCUCUUUCGGUGCUUUUGGGUCGUCCUUUGUCCCCGCUGCUUUUGUCGCGUUUCCGUCCUUUUUUGCCGCCCUUUCUUCGUGCUCCUUUACCGCCGCUACGGAGGUCUUGCCCUUUGCUUGGUGCUCUUUUGUCGCCGGGCGGAUCAGGUCGAACACCAGUGCUGCGUGGUCCCCCCCUAUGAGGACAACACUGGGUCCGGUCGGGUCGACCUCGGACGCCGCGGUGUGCAGGCCUGCUGAGAGCAGGACUACAUCUGGCGACGUUUGGGAACACGGCCGCGUUGCCGCCGCCGCGGUGUAGAACUCCAACGCCUCCGCCCUUGCCCAGUGCUGCACUGCACUGGUUCUUGGCUCCUGGGUGUGGUUCGCAUCCCAGGAGAUUGUUACUUCUACGUUCGCCGGGGCCUCUAUUUGUCUUUUACUUCAUCUACUAAGUCGCGAAGAGUGCUGACGACUUUGAGUUCUGUUUCUUGUCGUCGCAUUUUGCAACUUACAUUUUUGCUCCUGCCAAUAGCUGUAGUACGAGGGUUGCGCACCAGGCACAGAGACGUGCAGCAGAGUGGCAACAAAACUUGGCGCCUUUGUCUUAGCCAUCUACUGUCUUCAGUUGAAGUCAGUUCUCAGUAUUUACAAGUACAAACUUGCAAGCAAAUUUCCGCAUUAGCACCUAUCUUCACACAUCAUUUUCACAAUAUUCCUCGUAUGUUCUCAACCAAAAUCUUCACAGCUUUUUAAAAGCUGUGAAGAUUUUUUAAAAGCUGUAAAAUGUGCAUGGAAGUUGUAAAAUUGUACCCUUAAAGGGUACAAUUUUACAAUUUCCAUGCACAUUUACCAUCCUUUUACGCAUUACAAAUUCAAAAUUUCAAUGUAAAACCAUCUCUCAAUUUUGUCAAAAUCUGAAAUCUGUCUUCAGUUGAAGUCAGUUCUCAGUAUUAUUGCCUCUGAAACAGGUUCUUUUUCUUUAUAGCUGCAUUUGAUAGAGCAGGCCAUUUCGUUUGGAGGAGGUUCGCACUUCUAUAGAUUCCUGGUACGGGGAGAGGUA